AUGGAACAGACUUUAUUAUGGAGUGUCCCUCCCGAGCCAAAAGGGCCCCAGUGGGCUGACGACGUCUUUACCGCUAUAAAAGCGGUCUCCUUGUCGGAGGUGAUCGAGGACGAACCCACGGACGAUUGUAGCUCCGGAAUGUUUUCUAGUGACGACGACGCAGAUUGGAGCACUGACGACGGCAGUCUUGACGGUUGCUCGGCUGACGAAGACUCUGACUCAUUCGUGUCGGAUGCGUACCAAGGCGAGCGAUGGUUCUGGUCACCACCCAGCUCGAUGAACAGCAUUCAAAGCUACGAAGACAAGAACGAGACGGCCAGCCAGCGUAGCGCAGACAUGAACGAAUUCGGAUCAGAGCGAAGCGAUGCAGAUUAUGGACGUCCCACCAUGUAUGCGAUGCCGUCGAUUGACUCUAAAAAGGAUGCUAUUGUUGAUGCUUGGGUUGACCGCUACGGAUCAAGCAAAGACGACUUUACUUACGUGGCGACUGUGUCCGACUAUGACAUGGAUGAUGGAUCUCAAGAGCCAACUCUAGUGACGGGGUUCUAUAUCCCACAACUGUAA